AUGGAAUAUUUCAAGCCAGAACAAUACGCAAACCUGCCGUCCAAUGAUAUACUCUCGUGGAUUUUUGAUAAUCCGUCGUAUGACCAAGACAGACCGCUUAUUGCUGGGCUGAGGGCUGCUGGAUUCGAAAAGGGCGAUUGCCUCAAUAUACACUCCUUUAAUGAUAUCUAUUAUUCUAUGAUCUUUCUCGCCACUAUCGGCGCAGGCGGUGUUUUCGCAGGCACUAAAUCCCAGGCUAACACGCAAUUCGAGCUUACACAUCAUAUCAAGACCGCGAAAGUAUCAUUCUUGAUUUCAGAGCCGGAAAUCCUGGACAACCUCGUUGCUGCUGCAAAUGACGCCAAGGUCCCAGCGUCGAACAUUUGGGUUUUCAAUACACAAGGUCGACCCUUGCCGCCUGGCCAUAAAUCAUGGACCGAGCUUCUAAAGCACGGUGAGGCGGAUUGGGUUCGUUUCAAUGACCCCGAAACCUGCAAGAACACGGCAGCUGCCCGGCUGUUCAGCAGUGGGACAACGGGUCUGCCGAAAGCGGCCAAUAUUAGCCACCAGAAUUUCAUCGCACAACAUACCGUGGUGGAUGAAUACAGGACGGCUAAGUAUCAGAUUUCCCGUGUCAUAGCGCUUCCAUGUUUCCAUGCCGCGGCUGUGCCAUCAACCCACGUCGGCGCUCUUAAGGCCGGCCAUACGUUGUAUAUCAUGCGUCGCUUUGAGCUAUUGCCAUUCCUUGAAGCAGCUGACAAAUAUAACAUUACUGACGUCAGUACUGUUCCCCCCAUGGCUGUCGCUAUCGUGAAAUCACCCUAUGCGAAUGCCUCGUACUUGAAAAAGACGAGGAACGGCGCUGUGGGCGCUGCGCCGUUGGACAAGGGUGUCCAAUCUGCGUUUAGAUCUAUCAUGGGCCCCGGAGCGACUUACACACAGGUCUGGGGCAUGACUGAGACGACUUGCAUUGCUACCAUGUUCUGUUAUCCUGAAAAUGACGAUACCGGGUCUGUGGGGCGGCCCGUGGCAUCUCUUGAAAUGAAAUUAAUCAACGACGAGGGCAAAAAUAUCUCCGCCUACGGCGUGCGUGGCGAAAUCUGCGUGCGCGGCCCCACGGUCAUCAAAGGCUAUUUCGAAAACCCCACCGCGAACGCUCAAUCUUUCGACGGCGAAUGGUUCAAGACCGGGGACAUCGGCUACUGUGACGAGAAGACGAAGAAAUGGUACAUCAUCGACCGGAAGAAAGAACUGAUUAAAGUCCGUGGGUUCCAAGUCGCUCCGCCAGAGCUUGAAGCCGUACUGCUUUCGCACCCGUUGAUCAUGGACGCGGCUGUUAUUGGUGUGUCGUUUAAAGGGGGCGAGAAGGAGAAAACUGAACACCCGCGCGCUUAUGUCGUGCGUCAGCCUGGCCCAGCCAGUCAGAAGUUGACAGAAAAGGAGCUGCAGGAGUUUGCGGGGGCGAAGCUGGCUAGGUACAAGUAUUUGACUGGUGGUGUGAAGUUUGUCAGUUCGAUUCCCAAGAAUGCGAGUGGGAAGAUUUUGAAGAGGCUGCUCCGGGAGGAGGCGAAGAAGGAAAUUGAGCAGGGGCUAGUUGCGAAAUUGUAA